AUGAGACAGCUGAAGCAUCACGAGCAAAAAUUGCUUAAAAAAGUUGAUUUCCUCAAUUGGAAACAAGAUGCGUCCUUGAGAGAAAUCAAAGUAAUGAGAAAGUAUCAUAUACAAGAUAGAGAAGACUACCACAAAUAUAACAAAAUUUGCGGUUCAUUACGUUCACUUAUACAUAAGCUGUCAUUGUUACCUGCAAAAGAUCCAUAUAGGGAACAAAGAGAGACGGAGAUAUUGAAUAAAUUGUACGAUAUGGGAAUUCUAGAUGUGGGAGCUAAACCAUCUGAUAUCGAAAACAAAGUGACUGUGUCUUCAUUGGCUAGAAGGAGAUUAGCUGUUGUAGUAGCUAGAUUGAAGAUGUCCGAAACGGUCUCUGAUGCUGUACAAACAAUCGAACAAGGUCACAUUCGAGUAGGACCAAGUCCAGUGACUGAUCCAGCAAUGAUGAUCACUCGUCAUAUGGAAGAUUUCAUCACUUGGGUAGAUACAAGUGCUAGAAAGAGGACGAUAGCGAAGUACAACGAUGAGCUUGAUGACUUCGACCUCCUGUAA